GCCCGCGAUCAGCUCGGACGCGCGGGAGGUCACGGCCGAUUUUUACAAAAACUUUUAUUGUUAAUACAUCGUUCGAAAAUUUGUGAUUCUCUAUUAUUAUUUUGUAGUGCACUGUGAUGUUUUACAAUAGUUUGUGUUGUUAACUAAAGAAGUGGGUUGCUAAUGUUAUAAAAUGACUGAUAAUGGUCGAAAGGAUUCUAUUUAACUGCGAUACUAUUAAGCACAUGACAACGGCGGUGACGCGGCAAGAUGGCCGUGUCUGACGUCAUCGCGCAAGAUGGCGCCCACUCAAACGUCAAACUGCACCCCUAUUUAGUCACUUUAGUUCGCUGGUGCGUGUCAUGCGUGUGGGGCACUGCUACGGUGCUACUGCACCGACUGCUCACCGCGCCUGCGCCGCCCAUCGCACCAAGCAAGCCAGCUACGAGGUCUCGAGCGGCCGGCAGCGAGCACCUCCACCCGGAGCCGCGCGUGCACUGCGAGGUGCUGCACGCGCCCUCACGCCAUCAGCUCGACGUCGUGUUCGUGCACGGACUCUACGGUUCACUCGGCAACACAUGGCGUCAAGGCGAGUGGCGUACGAAGUACAAGCUGGACCCGCCCACCGUCACCCUCCGCAGUCACAGCCCAGAGCCCUGCGCGUGUACCCGCCCCCUCCCCGCCCCCGGCCACGCCUACACCUCCGAGCUGAACGGCUCCGUCAUCGACCAGCUCAGCGGCUGCUUCACCAAGAUCCUGCCCAACGAGAACUCACUCAUUACUGAGAAGUUCUAUAACAACACUUUAAUCAGCAAUGACAACUAUCAGACGCAAGCCAAGUUCGUUUCCGAACUCUUCAGGAAUGACUGUGAAAACACCCGUGACGAUGACCUCAAGUGUACUGACGACGAGUGUGUCAGUGAGUGCAAGUGUGUGAGUGUGAGGAAAGGUGCCAAGUGCGAGCCGGGCUGCGGUUGCGUGUGCGACGAGUGCUACUCGCACUGCUGGCCGAGGGACUGGAUCAAGGAGGACUUCCCCGGGGCGAGGGUCAUCUCUAUUAAUUAUACGAGUGACCCGUACUUGUGGAGACCUUUGUGGAUUAAGGGUAAUAAAAGACUCAGUCUACAAGAGCGCGCGGCGCAGAUGACGUCGCAGCUGUUGGCGCUGGGGGUGGGGCGGCGCCCCGUCGUGUGGGUGGGGCACUCCAAGGGCGGACUCUUCAUCAAGCAGAUCUACUGUGACGCUUAUGAAGCGCAUCUGAAAAUGGAGAACAGUGUUGCCAAGCAACAAGUGACUAAUAAUAACUUAGAAGAACAAACUAACAGACAGUAUAAUAAGAACAUAGUUCAUAAUAUAGAUAAUAUUACCAGUAGAUAUAGUGACGAUGAGGAAGCAACUAGACAUAAGGCUCAAACCAACUCCACCUGCAACACACUACUCAACAACUUUAUACAAGAACAGAACAACGGCUGUGCCGCUAACGGUGAGACUACACUUAGAAGUAUAGACGAAAUGAACGACGUGAGAAACAACAAUAACUCCGGUAACAGUAGUUUUAAUGAAGAUGAUGAAAUAGAUUUAGAUAUGAAUAGUAAUGUGGAACAAGGAACGUAUGGCUGUACACAAAAUGGUGAUGUUUUAGACAAUAAGCAAGCUAGAAGUAAUGAUAAGUCAGACUUUAUAGAAGUAAGUGAUACAAGUGCUCAGACAGAGAGUGCAGACGGAGAUGUGACGACAGACAAACAUGAGGAAAUGUCUUCAAGUAACGAAGAAGACAGUAUUUCGUCCUCGUGCCGCGCGGGUCUGUGGCGCUCGAGCGCGGGUUUCAUGUUCUACUCGGUGCCGCACCGCGGCUCGCCGCUCGCCGACAUCAAGACGCCCAUCACCUGCCGCAGCGUCGAGCUGCAGGAGAUCGCUAAGGACUGUCCCCUGGUGCUGGACCUACACUCGCGCUGGCUCCGCGCAGUGUCAGGCGCGAGCGAUGCGGGCGGCGCGGCGGCGCGGCCACUCGUGCGGAGCAUCGUGGAGACGUGUCGCACGCUCAUGUCCGUGCUGUGGCUGAGGAUCGUCAGCGAGGACUCCGCCGACGCGGGCGUGGGCACUUUGCUGGGCGUGGGCGUGGAUCACCGCGAGGUGUGCAAGCCCGCCUCGCGCCGCUGCAAGCUCUACGCCGCGCUCGCCGACACCAUCCGCGCCGCGCUGCACCGCUGCCGCUGCCAGCAGUAGCUGUCACUGUUGCCAGUAGCUGCCGCUCUGCCAGCAGUAAAAGCAGACAGGAGAUCGCAGGGGAAAUGUGGGGAUGAAGUAGCCCCUCUUAUGUACAGACGUUGGAGCUAGCUUAUAAAGCGUUUGGAGGCUGGACCUCAUGAAAGAAAGGCUUCUUAUAACUUUACUAUUACUUAGGCUUGAAGAAAAAUACUCUAGCAGGGCAGAGAAGUCGGGUGAAGGGCUGUGGCACCUGAGAAGGAAGGCGCCCAUUAACUGCACUGCAGCUGGAGAUUUGACGUAAGCAGAGCCUCUUUCAUUUUACUUUCUUGAAAAAGCCAAACGGUGAAAUAGGAACCAUGAAAGCAGAAGAGUCAACUACCUAGUAGUUGAAAAGAUAAUUCUUUGUAAUUAUCGACUAGGACGACGCGACGUUCCAACAUAGUUGGGAAAAGGAUAGGCAGAUAGUAAUCUGCUUGGGACGUUGAAACAAUUACUAAAGCAAAAGAAGUUUGUUGAACACAACAGACGAGACAACAUGAUCCUGAGAGAGAGGGACAGAAGAUCCAGAUCGACAUGUAUCGAAUAUUUUUAUAAAUAUCGAAUGUUUUUAAGCGCAUUUUUGAUUGAGCGUAUGUGCGAUGUGUGUACCUAUAGGCACCUAGUAGAGAUGACGCCAAAAUGUCGGUACCUAAAUGAAUUUUAUUGUUUUGUACAUAAAGAUUAAAUUAGAAGAGUAUAUAUUUCUUGACGGAAUUUUGACGUCAACCACCACACACCACAAUCCACAAAAACGGAGCGGAGGAGUUCUAUUGCUUCUUUUAAAUUCUUUUCGUUCCGCUUAAGUGGACUCUGGACUUUAAGCUAAUGAUAUGAGAAAUGGCUACUACAAGUAGAAGUAUUUUACUGUUGAAUUAAAAGAUAGAUUCUAAAAAAAAGACACCUAGUAAGUGUGGAUACCGCUUAGUAUAUUUAUGAAUAGCGACACAUACAAUAGGACAGCAUACCACCUACUUGUCUAGUAUAAGACCAUCUAGUUACGAACUGUUUGCCAUAACCUACAAUGUGAUAAACUGUACAAGUGUACUAAUAAAGAUAUGUGUAUCAAGCUCCAUGUUUUAGCGAUUCCACGUUAUAGAUAUUUUAUCACACGUAAGCGGGGGAGCCAUGCUUGUGUGUGCAAAAGAAUAUACACAUGGUGUUUGUAUGAUUUGGCGACUCGGCCACUUCUGAGCGCUACCGACUUUACGCAUACAAACACAAUGUGCAGACCAUGUCCCACCUCAUCCCAUGUUCACCGUGCCCUGAAACUUGCUCGCGGGAGAACCUUAUGAGCGCAUCCGGCCGUGCUCUCGGCGGCAUAUUGGGCUGACAUAGUGUAGUCUCACUAUAAGACAUGUUAUCGACACGAAAGAAGAACAAUGUGCGUAUAUAUAUUUCACACACAAGCAUGACUCAUCCGCUUUCGUGAGAUAAAACAAGUAUGAAGUAUCAAUGAAAAGUUAGGAUCAGUAAAGAGAACUAUUUUGUGAUUACCUGUUAAUAACGAUAAGUAUAAAUAGCUAGAACUAUGUGAAUCAUCCGGCCGUCUGUGUGACAUGUACCGACUGUGCAGAGUGAGGUGAUGUAUUGUGAUUAAUUCGAGUUUAUUGUAUCAAUAAAUAAAUUAUAAUUAUUAAUACUGUGCCAACUA